AUGUUAUAAGCUAAACCCAAGAUUAUUGCACAGUAACCUGUUUACAAAGAUUUUAAGUAUACCAAAUCAUCUAAGUCUUUUAAUCCAAUAAACACACUCUUUGGAAAUUAGUAAACUCCUAUUCUUCAAAACAAUCUAGGUUUUAAAUUUAAUUAAAAAAAUUAGCUAUACCAUUAUACAAAGGUCAUUUCAUUAAUUUUCAUCAUGAGGAAAUAUAAUUUGAUAAUUCUAUUACUCUUAGUGGUAUAUAAGAAGGUUUUUUAUACUUUGUUUUUAAUUCAAGAUAUUUGAGAUUUUAUUUUUAUUCACCCACUUAGGCUGACCUUAAUUAUUAUUAUAAUACAGUAAUAAUAUUUAUCAUUAUUUAGGAUGACAAGAAGUACAAAUUUCCAUUAAGAAUGAAAGAAUAAUAAAUUAAUCAUACAGAAUAUAUUUCGGCGGUAGCCUUUUAAUGUUAGGAUAAUUAAUGGACAAUGGCUAUUGCCUCUGAGUUUUACAUCUUUUUAUACACUUUUAAUGGUGAUUUGGAGAAUUUUUAAAUGCUAAAAAAAGGGUUCAAUAUUAAUGGAGAAAUUGUAAAUCAGAUCUUAUUUUACCAAGAGAAUCUCAUUUAUGGAGGCAAUUUAGGAUAUUUAACUUGUAAGUCUAUAGACACUGCUUAGAAUUAUACAUCUUAAUUGAAAGAAAGAAUAAAAAAAUAAUUUAAUAGAAUAUUUAAAGAUUUUACACCUUGGACUUCAACUUAAGGAUUAAUAUAAUUAAAAGUAUAAGAAGAAUUCAAUAUAUGUUAUGGUUUAUUUGAAUAAUAUGAUUAAGAAGAUAAAGUAUGUGAUACUUAUGUAGUUAUAUAUGAUAUUAGUUUAAAAGAAUAAUAAUUUACAGAAAUUGUUAGAAUUAAAUAAUCUAAUGUCUAUAAUUUUAAUGCUGAAUUAAAGAAUACAUUUGAUUUAGACAAUCUUUAAUUUUAACAUAUUCAUUUUGAAAAAUAAUGGCAUACAAAUAAUAUAUUAAUGAUUAUUACUACUAAAGAUCAACUAUAAAUUUAUUUCACUUUUGAAGUAUAAGAUAGAUGUAUUAAUGAUGUUAAUUUAUAUUAAUCAAGAAUUAUUAAUUCAAAUAAAUCUUAAGAUUCUAUUAAACUUAAAUCUGAGUAUUCUAUAUUCUAAAUUAAAUAUCCAUAUAUGAAAUUUGAUUAAGAAAUACCAUAUGGAGUAUGUCUUGAUGAAAGUAGAACUUAAUAUAAACAAAAAGAAAUGUUAAGUAUUUAAUAAAAACAUUUAUUAAAAUCUGUCUUUAGAGAUGAUCAUAUAGCAUUGUAUCAUUUAGACAAUUACAUUAUAGCAUAAUUUAUUGAUAUGGCUCAUAUUUAAUACAUUAAAAAUUUAGAAUAAUAAUUGUCUAAAUAUAAUUCUUACAAUUAAUUACAAUAUUCUCUUUAUAGAGAUUCAUCUAAAGAAGCUGUUGAAAAUAUUGAAUUGCAUUCUGUUAAAUAAAAUUAAGAAUUUCCAGAAAAUCUAUAUAAUCUUGGAAGAUAUUCUAUUAAAUAAAUAUUCAAUCAUUCAGACAUUAAUGAAUCUUAAUUAUAUAAUUUACCAGAACAUUAUAUAUGUAUAGCUGAUCAUACAAUAGAAUUUAUAGUAAGAAUGAGACCAAUCGAUUUCUUUUUCACUGCUAUUAAAGUUACACAUUAUGAUUUUAUCAAUUAAGCAUAUGAAGAUUUCCCUUUAGAAAAAUUAAUAAGAGCAUAUGGAAUUGAAGAAAGUUGUGCAUAAAUUUUAUAAAUAAUAAUCUAAGAAGAUUCUAUAUUUUAUAUUAAUGUAGAACUUUAACAUUAAUAUUAACUUGACUUAUAAAAAGCAUAUUAAAGAAUACAUUUUUCAGAAAAUAUUGAUAAGUUUUUUGAUGAUAAUGAAAAGAUACCUAUUUGGGUAACAGGCUAAGUAUAUGUUACUAAAGGAUCUACAAUUAAGGAUAAAGCUAUGAAAGCUUACUUUUCAUUAAUCAAAAGAUCAUUAUUAAGUGAAGAUAGAAAUUAAAAAUCUAAAAAAGUAUUUAGUACUUCAUAAUUAAUUUGGAAAAUCUUGGCACCUUUAACAACUAAGAAGUUUAUUGAUGAGAAAGUAUAUAAUUUAGAAUGCAAUUAACCAAUAGAAAGUUAUUCUAUUUAAUAACUUUAAAUGGUUUAUAAAUAAAUAGAGAAAUUAUUAAAAUUAUUUGAAAAUGAACCUAAUUAUUUCUAAAAAAGAAAAUAAUAAAUAGUUGAAUCAUCUUAAGAAGAAUAAAUUUAAUAAUUAAAUUAUAAAAAAGGAUUUAAUAAACAUAUUUAUGAAUCUUUUGAAUUAAGUUCAAAAUUAGAUAAUUCAAGAAGUACAAAUUAUUCUGAUCAAUCUCUUGUAUAAAGUGUUAAUGUUGAUAUAGAACAUGUAAUUUUAAUUCAUUAUUUUAUAUUAGACUUAAAUGAAAGGACUCUAUGAUUUUUGUCUAUAAAUUAAACAAUUAAUACAAUUUUUUGUCUAUUUCUUUGGAGAUCUCAAUGGAAUCAGAAACAUUAUUAAUAGUUAUUCCAAUAAAUAAUAAUUAUUUGAUUUAUCAGUAAAAACUAUACUUAAUGCAGAACCUUCAAGUUUACUUACAUUAAAAUAAUUAAUGAUUCAUAUCAUUAAAAGUGAUAAAUCAAAAUUCAGAGAUAUGGCAUAAUAUAUGCAUGUAAAUUUCUCAGAAUAUUUUACUAUUCAAGACUUUAAAAUUAGUCUAGCUCAAAAUUUAUUUGAUGAAAUUUUAUAAUUUGCUGCCUAAAAGAGUAUUAUAAUUUAUUUAAUCUUUAGAUAUUAUCAAAUUAAAUCCUAAUGAAUAGAUUCAUGAAAAAAUUAAAAGAAUAUUAAGACUUUCAAAGGCUCCUCAAAUUACUUUUGAAAAAGUACUUGAGAAAAGAGAAAUUUUUAUCUAUUAUAAAGAAUUAUAAGCUGAAUUAUAAGAAUAACUUAAGGAAGCAUUAAAAUCAGUUGAAGAAGUAAUUUUUGCUAUUUCUCAUUCUUAUUUAACUUAAAGUUUUCUUAAUUACAUGUUUCCUUUUGGUACUUUUAAAUAUUAUAUACAAUUUCUUGCUUCAAAGUGUCAACAAUAUGAAAAAGAUCAAUUUAAUGAUGAACAUAGAAUUUGCUUCUUAGAUCUUAUAUAAUAAUAUAAUAAUCUUAUACAAUAUUAUUUAGAUCCUCCUAAAGGUUUAACUAAAGCCUAAGUAUAUGAUAUAUUAAGAGAUUCUUUAUAAAUAUUAAAUUAGUAUUAAUUAAUAACUGCAACAGAAGUUGUUAUAAAUAAUUUAAUAAAAUAAAAAUUAAAAGAAUUCAUAGCAUAUAUAGAUUAUAAUUAAGAUUUAGAAUUAUAAUGUAAUGAACUUGAAAAAUUGUAAAUUCAAAAAAAAUAAUUAUUAGUAAAAUCAGUAAAAGGAGAUAAUGAAGCAGUUUAUUAAUUAAUACAAUUAUUAUUAAAAUUAGCAUAAUUUUCUUUAGUUUAGAAUUCAGAAAUGACUUUAGAAGAUAUUUAAAAAGUUUUACCUUUAAGAAAACGUUUAAGAUAUAUAUUUAAAGCAUAAGAAUUUAUAAAAUCUACUUAAAAAAAUGAAUUACCUAAUGAUAUUCUAUAAUUUGAGAAAUAAGCAUAAGAUUUAAGCAAAAUACUAUUUCUUUAAGAUAUUAUGUAUGAUUAUAUAGUAACUAAUAAUAAUGAAGGUAUAUAUAUUCAUAAAAACUUUUAGAUUAUUUAAGUUAGAAACGAAGAAUAUUAAUAGAGAUUUUAGAUUGUAAUAUAAUAAUGCAAUUUUUUGAAGAUAAUAAUAUUUGUUUUGGAUAGAUAUUAUGUAUGGAUUAUCUAGAAUAAAAAUAAUAGAAAUAAUUAUAUAAUGAAUUUUUUAUUGAUUAAGUUUGGACUAAUUUUAUUGUUUAUUCAUAUUAAGAAUCUAGAGAAUGGCCAUCUAAAAUAUUUAAGAUGUAAAUGAAAUUAGUAUUGGAAAAUCUAAUAAAUAAAGAUAAAUAUAUUCGAAUUUAAAAAAUUACAGAAACAUUUGAAUUAGUAAAUAGUAAAGAAUGUUAAGAAUAGAAAAUAACUUAACUUUCUACUUGGUUCUUUUUUGAAGUGUUAUUAAAUCAUAAUAUAAGUGAAAUGGAACUCACAUCUAUAUAUGUUAACAAUUUAAUUAAUAAUGUUAUGGUGUAGGAUAAUCCUGCUUAUGAAAGAUUAUAAAUAGAUGAAUUACAUUUAUAUAAAUUGUAAUUAAUUUAGUAGAUUUUAAUUCUAUUUAAUACUAUUAAAAAAAAUAAAUAUGAUAGAACUUAGUUUAGUGAAUUAUUAACAUAAUUUAGAAAUGCUUUUAAAGUAUAUAUUUAAUAUUUAUGAUUUUAGAAUGAAUAUAAUUAAUUUAUAGAUGACGAUGUUUAUGAUUAGACAAUAAUUGAAGAUUUAAAGAAAUAAAUUGAUUCAUUAUGA